UAACAUUUUAUGCAACGGCAGCUGCGGGAGUUACAUCUACAAUCCUCGAGCGAAGACGAGGACGACGAUGAGGACGAGGACGAUGGCGAGGAUUUCGAUGAGGAUUCUAGAGAUGAUGCUGGGGCGUUUAUGGGAGGAUAUGUUAGGCAUCGGGAUGCUGGUGGUUCUGUCUCCGUCACCGGUUCCGGCUCGGAUCCAGAAUCGGAUGACCUGGACUUUGAAAUAGAUAUUGAGAAUAUUAAUGAUUAUGAUGAAUGAAGAGUGAAUGGUUAUUGGCCAGCAUAAGCAAACAGCAUUGCGACUUGUCUAUUUCGAAACUAUGUUGAACCCAAGAUAUAGCGAUCUCUAAGCGUCUAUUUUACAAUCGCACACAACACCACACACACACAAUACACCCACACAAUACACCCACACACACAUCCACACGGAACACACACACAUGAUAUGAAUUAAUUGAAGUUAUAAAGCAAGCAAACAAUAAAUGCAAAAGGAGUAUACAAAAUAUA